AUGGUUGACUCUAUGCGACCGGGCGCGGUGAUUGUGGACUUGGCUGCGGAGGCAGGAGGCAACGUGGAGACCACACGGCCUGGAGAGCUGUACGUAGGAGGAGCGAAUCAAGUGGUGCACAUCGGCUACACUGACUUUCCAUCUCGCCUUGCCGGCCAGGCAUCAGCCCUCUUCGCCAAUAACCUUACCAACUUCCUCGUUGCCAUGAUGCCAAAGGACAAGGCCCUACCAGUGGAAAAUAUUGCAAGGGUGGUCAAGGUGGAGGGAUGA